AUGAAGUCAGCGCUAGAGCUGAAAUCCGGAGAUCGGGUGGCAUCAUUCUCAGCCACGCCCCAACCGUCAAAUCCUGUUUCUCGCCUGUCGCUGUCACUUUCACCGUGCCCCAGACUUCCCCAUCAUCAACCAACAUUUGAGCUCGGGCCCCUUUUCAAAGACCAGAACCAGAUAUUCUCACUGUUUUGCCUCAAGUUCCGAAUGCCUGUACACAAUGCACAAGUCAAUGAUAGCGCUGCCCGCGCGGAGGCGAAAAUGUUGGUCGAAACAAUUUGCAAAGAUCAUGGGAAUAUAGAAGAUGAGACCUGGGAAGAGCUGGGAGCAUACAAUCCUAGCCUUAGGGCAAGACUGCAGUUCGCUUUUCUCAGAAAGGAUGAGAUGCUUGCGCACUCCGUAAUGACGCUGGCCAAGAAUCUUUAUACUAGCAAUGCACGUUUCGUCUUCGAACUACUUCAAAACACUGAUGAUAAUCGGUACACUCGAGCUCGGGGACAAGGCGACCAGCCAUAUGUUUCAUUUCAGGUCUACGACGAUCGUAUUAUUAUUGAGUGUAACGAAGACGGAUUCAAAGAAGAGAAUGUGCGGGCAAUCUGCGAUGUUGGAAAAAGCUCCAAGGCUGGCGCUCAGGGCUACAUUGGGGCCAAAGGCAUAGGGUUCAAGUCCGUGUUCAUGGCAGCCUGGAGGGUCCAUAUCCAAUCCGGUGACUUUUCCUUUUACUUCAAGCAUCGCAAUGGAGACCCAGGCCUUGGAAUGAUUUCUCCAUUCUGGCAGGACCAUGUGGACGAUCUGCCCCAACACUUGACAAGGAUGACAUUGCUUCUACACGACACAGGGGAUCCAGCCACCAUAUUGUCGCAACGCCAGGCAAUACGACAGCAGUUCAACGACUUGCAGGAGAGUGUGCUCCUGUUCAUGCGCAACAUCAGGAAAAUAAGCAUCUCUUUCAUGGGAAACGAUGGCAGAGUCCAGGCAUCAACCGUGUUCUCGGCCACGAAGACAGAUGAUAGGCGCAUGACAUUGACCAAAUUGGUCACCAAUGGGACAGAGGUCGCAUGUACAUCCCAGAUCUACCAUGUCACCAGGCAGUCUGUGGAUGGUUUGCCUAAGCAUGAAGACCGUACAUACUCAGAGCAAGAAGAUCGGACAAGCGCCUACGCCAGAGCCGAAGUUAUUCUAGCUUUCCCCAUAUCAGACUCUUCGGUGCCUAUUAUCAAGCCCCAAGAUGUCUUCGCAUUUCUGCCGAUGCGGCACAUGGGUUUCUCAGCCAACAGGCAGGACAUCGUGGCAACAUCGCCACGUAACCAGGGUAUCAUCGAACACAUUAGCAAUGUGUUCAUUCAGUCGGUUUUGGAAUUCUGCGAGCACCCCCGCCUUCGAUACACCUGGAUGAGAUUUCUACCUAACAGGAGCCAAUACCCGUACGACAGCUUUUGGUCGAAUCUGGUCAAUCUGAUCGAAAGGAAGCUGAGGAACGUCUCAGUUCUAUUGCCACGAAGCGAGACCAGGUGGAGUAAGAUCAACGACCUCAGAGAACUUGAUUCCUGCUAUUGUGAUCGCAGCGGGGACCCUUUGUUCAGAGACGUCUCCCCGGAGAAAUGGUUAUCUCGACUAUACCAUGGAGAUGAUAUCAUAAUCCUCAGAGGCUGGGGAAUGCCCAGAAUCAACGCACAGGAAAUCAUAACCAUGAUCGAGAACGACUUGAAUCUACCGGACUCUCGAAUGAAAUCUGAUCAGACGGAUAACGACUGGCAUACGAGGGCUGCGAAUAUGCUCUUGAAAAUAUCCACAGGCCAAGGAAGCACUUUAUCAAUUCUGCGCGCUCUAAAUUUGAUCCCGUGUAGAGGUGAACCAACAUAUUGGAUUGCUCCAGUAUCUGUCGCCAAUGGGAACACGGUUUGCUUUGCCGAGACUGAGGAUGGCAUCCUAAUUCCAAACGACUUAGGCUUGCACAUAGUCACGUCAAAUGCCUCGAAAACCCCAGCACGUAUAGCGUUGUUCAAGCUGCUUGGUGUAAAGGUGGCCAAUGCGAACGAAAUGAGGUCUAAGAUUUAUCUUCGACAUCAAGCCUAUCUGACGGGUCAUGCCAAGACUCCGCUUCGCACAUACGUUGAGCAAGUGGAAUUCUUAUAUCUGACAGACCAUACUAAUUCCCAGCCCACGAAGAAAGAGCCAGAAUUCGCCCUGGUAGAUGAAUCUCUACACUUGUGGCGGUCGUCAAGCCUCGAGCCCUUGUAUCUUCCCGACGAAAGUCUUUAUGGGCCAAGUGAGCUGCUCAGAGCCACAGACGCUGGGGAGGAGCCCGGCGCUGGGGCUCCUGGGAUGGACGUCAGAUUCUUGAAUGAAUCUUUCACAGAAGAUCCUCCAGAAAAGCCUAGACUUGACUCGCAAGCGUGGUCAGAUUGGUUGAAAACCCGGGCAGGAGUGCGAGACUCGCUCAGAUUAACCAAAGGAUCACCCUACGACCUCUCUCCUGAGUGCUACUACGUUGCAAGGCAUCGGCCGGAGAGAUUUCUCGGCUUUCUCCGCUUUGAAUGGCUUAAUGGAGCCACCCGCUUUAGCAGACAAGACUCGGCCAUUGUGCGCGACAAGUUGAAAUGGAUCAAGGUUCUCUGCCACGGUGGUCACAUGACGCCCCUUUUGAAAACGCAUCUUCCACUUCGUGAUCUGCGUGACGAAUGUGCCAGAUUCCUGGCAAGCAGUCAUACAUUCCCAUUUGUCAAGAUCGAAGAUGAUAUUUCGAGAGAGACAUAUCAAGCUUUGCAUUGGGACUUCCUCGUCGACUGGGCUGGCGUUGGCGUUGAAAAAGACCUAGACUUCUACUUAGCUAUUUUGAGCCAGAUGUGCGGGUCAACCCCGGAUGAUCAUACCGGUGCUCGUGUAGCCGAUUUGUACAGCAUGAUCAACGCGAAGCAUGUCGAAUCUGGGCCUUCCCGAGAAACCCAAGGCCAACGAAUCAAGAAGUUCUUCGAAGAGAAUAAAGCGAUUUACAUACCUGCUUACCGCGAUACCCUAGCUACGUGGACCUCUCUCGAACGGUGUUUGUGGCAAGGGCUACCAUAUAUGACUACUCACGACGCCCUUCAACUCAAAUAUGAUGGCCUCUGCGCUCAGAAUGUCGAAAAGCGCAACAUUGAAAGCCUGUUCUGCGACUUGCUGAGCAUCCGGGAUUGUGGGUGGAUCGACUUGAUCAAAGAGCUCGAGAAUAUGAAGGAAGAGGAGGAUCCGAAGUUGGAACAGGUCACUGAGCUGUAUGAGUAUCUAAAGACCUUAACAGAGAAAAUGGAAGAUAAUGAGCUUGAAGAACUCAGGGACGAGUUCAGCAAUGAAGCUCUUAUCUACAGACCACUUGGGCAUGUUACCGGUCAGAAAUGGCAUUGCGUCCAGGGCUGUCUCUGGUCAAGCAGAGCGAAAAUAAGCGGAAAAGUCACAUUGAGCGAGCAUUACGAAGACCUUGAAAGCUUUUUCGUCAAUUUCCUCAAGGUAGAAACUCUCAACUUGGAGAUAGUCUACAGGGAAUUGAUCCGUCUGGGCGGCUCCCCAAACGCCUCUGCCGCCGAUACCAGAGAUCAGAUCAUGGCUCUGAAUGCCUUCCUCGUGGAUAUUGACCCCGCGGAACACCCCAAUGCGACUAAGUUAAUCGAGGCGAAGAUCCUUCCCAUUCGAAAACCGAAUCAAACAGUCAGUCUGGCUUCUGCGAAAACCGAAUUCGCUAUUGUUGAUAGGACUCACCUCAGAGACAUCUUUGCGGCUCAGGUCAAAACAUUAGACUUUUCUUUUGAUGAGGUUCGUCGGCUUGGUCCGUUUAUAAAAUUCCUCAGGCAGGACAGAAAGCGCUUGUCAGAGAUGGUGAGAGAGAUCACGACAGUGGGCGAAGGCGACAAACAGCCCUUGCAGUGUCGUCGACGUCAGAUUGGUCCCAAGGCCCAUGCUCUUUACCGAGUCGCAUUCCACUUUGACAGUCCAAGACUCAAGACAGACGGUAAUGAUCUUUACAACAUGUUGCGCAAUGCCCAUGUCUACACGACAGAAGGGAUCUCCUCCGAACUGCACCUUUCUCAAGACGGAAAAGACCACUGCCAUGUCAAAGAGCGCAGCGACCUUCAUCUCAGGGAACAUGGGUCUCAACUUGAAAUAUUUGUUUCAAAAAAGCAGAAGAAGCAAGACUUUUGCUAUUCUUCGAUUCUCAACAAGCAUCUUUUUCUCUGGCUGAUGACUGACCCUAUCACCCAGAUCUCAGAGACGCUUGAUUCAAGGGGAUUACUCACCGUGAAUAAGAUUCUUAACUCACGGCGAUCCAAUCUUGCACAGGUUCUACAGGAAGACGGAAUUGCAACCGGUGACAUUGAGGAACUAGAUCAGCAUGAGGAGUCCGAUGAUGACUCAGACGAAGAAGGACCCGAAGAAAACGAGACACCGAGUGUGUCAACAACUCUAUCGAUUCAACAGACUACUCAUUAUCGCUCGGAAUACAAUCCUGAUUACAACAGGGCCGUUUUUAGCGACUCUGUGCUCGAUGAAGGGGCAGUCAGCCCGCAAACCUCAAGUGACAGUGACACAGAGCAUCAAACUCCAACCAGCCCUAUCGAGUGGAGGAGUCCACGAGAGUCUGAGAACGGAGAAGCAGAUCGGCCCCGAUAUGAGAACCUUCUCAGGCGUGUCGUCACAGCCGCAAGAAGGUCGCAUUUUCCUGCGAGGGGCUCAUUCGACAUGUCCGACAUGUCCUCUGCUCUGACGGUCUUCUAUGGCGCAGCGGACGGCUAUGACGGCAUCUUUGAAUCGCACCGCUUCCAUUCGACCUCGCAACUUGAGCGGGACAGGAAGAUAGGGGCAGCGGGGGAGCUAUAUUGGCAAAGUACCAUCCGCCACUAUGCCGCUGCUCAUCCAGACUACGUCGACAUCAGGCAGUGGUCUGGAAGAGAAACCUCUGAUCUGACGUAUCACGAUGUUCAAGGUGAUUUUACACGGCUUCUGAUUGAUUCCGGCUACCUAGAUGAGGAAUUGUGGAGGCACAGGCGGCCGAUGUACUUCCUUGAGGUAAAAACCACGACAGGGCCGUGUAACACACCGUUCUUCAUCCGCAACCACAAGGAUACUACGGAUACGGUUUAUAUCAUCAUCAGAGUUUUCCAAGUCGGCAGUGACGAUGUUCGUGCCAGGGUGUAUUUAAAUCCAGCGAGAUUGGCGGACGAUGGGCAGCUCUUGUUUACAGCUGAGAAGUGGUCUGUUGUAUCGUCUUAA